AUGGAUUUAAGAAAUAUUCCUACUCAGUCCUCUAGUUAUGUUGGACUGUUUAACAGUCAACAAGGAAGUGUUCCGAAUGAAAACUUUCCUUAUGAAAGUUUUCAUUCCAAUAUUAACUUUGGAGAGUCCGAGUUCCCUCCUUUCAGUCCGCAACAGAGUGACGCUCCACCUCCACCUCCACCUCCACCUCCACCUUCAUCUCGAUCAGUGUCUGCAAAGGAGAGAAAGAAGUGGCACCCAGCUGAUGAUGAAGUUCUUAUCAGUGCGUGGCUUAACACUUCCAAGGACGCAGUUGUUGGUAAUGAACAGAAAUGGACGACCUUCUGGAAACGAGUAGGAGUUUAUUAUGCGGACAAUCCGCAUGGUAGACAGGAUGUUGAAAAGAGAGGACAUCUCCACUGUAAGCAGAGGUGGCACAGAAUCAAUGACUUCACUAACAAGUUUUGUGCCGCAUUUUCGGCAGCAGAGCGACAUAAUAGUAGUGGUCAGAGUGACACUGAUGUUCUCAAGAAGGCCCAUGAAAUAUUCUACCCUGAUCAUGGUGUCAAGUUCAAUCUUGAGUAUGCGUGGUGUGUCCUCAAGUAUGAACAGAAAUGGCUCAGCCUUAACCCUAUUAAUGGUAGUGGCAGUGGUAAUUCAAAGAGGAAAAAUGGUGAGUCAGUUUCCCAAACUUCAAGCCCAACUGUUGAGGAUCAUGAGAUUAGGCCAGAAGGUGUGAAGGUUGCUAAAUCUAAAAGGAACACUGCUCAAGGGAAGUCAGUUGAAGAGUAUGCCACCAUUUGGGAAAUGAAGAAGGAGGUCUUGGCGAUGAAGGAGAAACUGUCGAAGCUCGCCAUCCUAGACACUCUCCUUGCCUAG